CUUGCGUAUGACAGGCUUCUACCGGGUCGGAUGCUCCGUAAGCGCGUGUGGGGAUCGAUUUCGUCUUUGUUCCUCUCGUCUUCGUCUGAAUCGUCGUCGUCGUCGUCGUUGUCGGUUGGGUGUCUUUGACGUGUGCCAGUAGGGCAUCGGAUGACGGUCGCUUGCUGGGUCGGUUAGUUGGUGGAGGGCUGACUGUGGCAGAAAGUACCACGCCCCAAGUGGAACGACGAGAGUGGGGUAGAGGCCCAAAUUAUCCACCGUUGUCGACGUCGUCGGCGGCGGCGGUGGCAUGCUGCAGCAUUGCCUCCGUCGUUGUGUUGUGUGGCAUUUCUUCUUGAGGCUGAUAUGAUGAGAUCGCUGAAAAUUGAACGCGCAAGGAAGCUUCCAGCUGAGGAUGAGUAACAGCUGUCACUGGCAGACAGAAGGGCAAGCGAUUGCCUUUGGAUUUCGGAAUUGGUUCCACUGACGUUACGAAUUGAUUGCUUUAUGGGAGAAAGAAAGCGAGGAGGGGGUGGAUGUGGAUGCCUGUGAAUUCUGUGAUAAAUAUCUACCGCAGUUAUGCCACUGAAAAGGUGCUAUUAUAGAUUGAAGUGAGUAGGGCGCGUCAAGAUAUGAUUAUGAGCCGUGGAGUGAUUCAGCGUUGGUUCGACGUUUGGAUGCUAUUGUUAUGGAUUGUUGCGCUAGCAGUAGAAGAAUGCCGUCAAGUGGAGGCGCUUCACUUGACCGAUAUGAACGUGCCGGAAAUCGUGGAUCUCCGGGCGACAGUUACGCUGUCCUGUUCGUACGACCUCGAAACACAGCAGCUGCACUCGGUGAAGUGGUACAAAGGCAAUCGGGAGUUUUUCAGGUACGCGCCCUCGAUAAGCCCACCGCUGCGAACCUUCCCGGUCGACGGUGUGCGGCUCACUCCGGAAGGUACCGAGUGCAACGAGUUCCUGUGCAGGAUACGCCUCACCAAGCUGGGACGCAAUUCCGGCGGCGAGUAUCGGUGUGAAAUUUCCGGCGAUGCACCGCAGUUCGCGUUGGCGAACGGCAGUCGCAACAUGACCGUCGAGGUGCUGCCCCAGCACGAUCCCAUCAUUAGUGGCCUGGUGGCCUCGUACCACCCGGGGGAGACGAUUGAAGCCAAUUGCACCUCGGAUCUGUCCAGCAUCGGUACGAGGCUGCACUUUUUCGUGAACGAAAAACCGGUCCCCAUCGAGUACCUGCAGCUUCCGCACGAGACGACGCUGGACAACGAAAGCUAUCUGCUGCGGUAUCGCACCUUGGAGAUGCGCCUGCCGGUGGAUCGCCUUUACCCCAAGGGAGUCGACCACGCCAAGCUGCACAUCAAAUGCAUCGCGGCAGUCGAUUCGGUGCGGACGGCCGGGCGCGAAACGACCACCACCGUCGUCGUGCGGAGUCACCACUGGUGGAUCGUUAUGGGUGGCAGCGUGCACGGCGGCGGCCACCGGAGCGAAUCCUUCUCGUGGAACGUACUUGUUCCGCUGCUACUCAUCACCAGUUUGCUCAAUUUGGCUCGGAUUCCGCACCCUACACCGUUACCACUGUAAUGAAGGUAAAUAUGCCGUCGGCUGUCGGGGGGCGGUGGUGGUCGCUGCCUUUGGCAGUCAGCCAGCCAGCCAACCAUCCAACGUCAUUUGCCCCGUGGAAGUUGGUCUUUUUCGGGAUCCGCCGCCGGCAACCUCAGCCCCAUCAGCGCGAGCGCGCACAGUCAGUCAGUGUUUCCGCGAAGUUCAAUCGCACCCCCUAAUCAAAAACUGGUACCUUCGUACAACAUCAUCCUCGAUGUUCCGGGGGAAACGGCAGCUAAUUCAAUUCGGCCGGAGAAAAGUUUACCAUCAUGAGCACCAUUCGAACGCACAUGUACUGUACACAGAGACACACUCAAACACAUACACACACUCACACAUGUAAAGGCACGACUUGAACUUCUCCGAAUUAUCCGAAACGGAACCGCUAGGAAGGAACGUGAAUUUCUGGUCGGAUACGUGAUUUUCCCUCUUUUGUGAGCUAAUUAUUUGCAUAAUUAUGUGUGGGGGUGAGAGGGCGGUGAUUUCCGGGCAUGGUAAUUUCAUGCUUAUGUUCGUUAAAUGGGCUGUAGAAUUUAUUUGAAUUGGAUAAUUGUGUAUUGAAGUUUUGAACGUGGAAUGGAAAUUGAGAGAUCGCAAAUUGCAUGUCAGAAAGGGGAAACCAGGGAAAUUUGUGAGAAAAAAUAAGAUGAGAAUGUGAGCAAAGUCUUAAGAAAUAUUAAUAUAUAACAUUCAAA